AGCUGUAAUGUAAGUUGUGCAAUAGUCCGUCUUUACCCACAAGUCACCGCGGUCGUUCUUAGUGUUAAAAAUGGCGUCGAGGGCACCAGUAGCGACAGGCAGGCUCAUGCUUGGGGUCCGCAAGUGGUAUUACAGCUUGUGUGGCUUCAACAAGCUGGGUCUCAUGCGCGAUGACACAUUGUAUGAGGAUCAAGAUGUGAAAGAGGCCAUCAGGAGGCUUCCAGAGGACCUGUACAAUGACAGGACCUUCAGGAUGAAAAGGGCCCUGGAUCUCUCCAUGAAGCAGCAGAUCCUCCCUAAAGAAAUGUGGACAAAAUUUGAAGAGGAUGUCCCUUACCUGACACCAUAUGUGGAUGAGGUGGUCCGUGAGAGGAAAGAAAAAGAGGAGUGGAUGAAGAAAUAGACGGUUCCUGAUCAAAACUGUUGAUCCUGGUCUUUGGUCGAUGCAUGGUUGUCCCCUGGUGUAAUAUUUAAACUGAAAUGUGAUCUAUAAAAGCGCCCAUUAAAUAAAUGUACAUUUUAGAAAAUGUAA